AUGGCUGGUAUGCUAAAACCAAAUGAUGGAGGAAAACGUUCUCUAUGUGUCAUGAGGAACAUCCCAUACCUCCAACAAGGCCAGUUUCAAAAAGAUGACAUCAAGUUUGCCUGUCAUUUCAUUGAUAUGGACAGGACAGUUGAACCUCCUGUUAUUAAUACAGAAGUCAAAAACUUGAUAGGAAAACUCCAAGAUGACACUUUGAAAAAGUGUGGUAACAUACUCAAAUAUGAUGGCAUCAAAUGGGUACAAGAUGGAGGAGUGACUGAACAUACACAUCAAGAGUACAUCAAAGCAAUGGGAAAACAAGUUGGGAAGAGCCUACAAGGAGCAAUCAAGAGAGCUAUAGAGACCACACCAGAUAUGGAUUCUGUAACACAGGAAUGUGCCUCUCACCUUAAGUUCUGUUACUCUAGAGCCAAUAGCUUCUUUGGACGAGUUGAUCUGAUUGAUGAAGGAUUGAAAUACUUUAAAGUUAAUGGAGAAGUCACAAGAGUGCCACUUGUAGUACAUGGGACUAGUGGAGCAGGAAAGACAUCCCUUAUGGCUGCCUUGGCAUACAGAGGUAUCAAGCAAGUACAGGACUCAACGAAUCCAGUUCUAGUAGUGAGGUUUUGUGGAACAACUCCCCUCUCAUCAAGUGGACGUGUUCUCCUCAAGAGCAUAUGUGAUCAGAUAAAAGAGGCAUUUGAUGAUGGUCAGCCUUCUCCUCCAAUAAGCUAUGCUUAUGCUGAUUUGAUUGUGGAAUUCAAGCGUCAGAUUGGGCGUGCUACUACUGAAAGGCCAAUUGUGAUAUUGAUAGACUCUCUUGAUCAGCUGAAUGAUGAUGAUUUUGCGAGGACUGAGCCUGUGUGGAUUCCUAAUCAACUUCCUCCUCAUGUUUACCUGGCUAUAUCAACACUUCCUAAUAUUGGAGGAAGUUACAAAUAUCUCAAGACUACUGAUAUUCCCGAGGUGGAAGUGGUACCCAUCAACAUAGAUGAUGCAAAGAAUAUCCUGUCUGCAUGGCUUGAGAUCAGCGAACGGACAUUAACCAAGUCUCAGUUAAACACUGUCCUAAGUGUAGCAACUGAUGGCACCAAAGAGCAGCCAACAGCACUCAGAUUGAGACUCCUUUGCGAUGCUGUAGUAAGAGUUGAGUCUUACUCUGAAUUACCAGAACUUCCAAAUACAGUAACUGGACUAAUAAAUGCCUUCUUUGAAAGGCUUGAAGUCUAUCAUGGGAAGGUUCUUGUUCAAACCUGUUUUGGACUUUUGUCAACUGCCAGAUUUGGUCUGAGUGAAUCAGAGCUCAUAGAUCUCCUCUCAUGUGAUGAUAAUGUUAUGGAUGCUGUCCUUCAAUACCACAAACCACCAGAGAAACGUUUACCAUAUGUAGUCUUUGCUCGCCUGAUGAAUGAUAUCAAAGAUUAUGUCAGUAUACGUGGUGGUUUGGGAAAGAAUGCAAUGACAUGGUAUCAUAGACAAUUCAAAGAGGCUUCCGAGAGGAAAUACAGGAACAAGAACCUGAUUAAUCUGUCAAAUCAUUUAUCAAAGUACUUUGACAACACAUUCAGCAAGGAGUUUCGAGAUCGUGGUAUUGCUCCACAGCCAUUGUAUUGGAAGUCAAACGAUGGAGAAUCUGAGGGACGAAUAAAUCUGAGUGCUGUCGCAGAACUUCCUACAGCUCUCAUGGCGGGGCAACGUAGAAAACGUUGUGUAGAAGUGCUAGCUGAUCCAGUCUUUCUAUCAGCCAAGUGUUAUGCAGGUUUUGGCCGUGAUCUUGUGGGUGACCUGUUUGACCUGAAAGACACUCUUUCUAACUUUGUCAUGAUGAUUCCCAAUGAUGAAGAUAGGGCUAUGGAUUCUAAAGAUGAUACAAUAAAUGACCUGGCAGAAUUCAUUCGAAGUGAGAUAAACAUUCUUGAAAGGAACACUGAGCUUUUUGUCCAACAAGGAAUGGAUCAAAUAAAAUCAACCAUUGCCAAAAGUCUAAUCGAAGAAUACCAAACAAAAGAUGGUGGUCUCCUACCGUGGGUACCUAAUAGCAAUAAGAGGCCUUUGGUGGAACACAUAAACAAGUAUCAAGGUGCACACCCCUGUGUCAUGACACUUGAUGGUCACACUGCUCCUGUCACUGUUGUUAGUCUUCAGAUGAUUAAAGGGCAAGCCAUUAUAUCAGCAUCAGAGGAUGGUUCUGUUAGACUUUGGGACAGAACAACCGGAAGACAGAUUGGGAAAAUGACAACAAAGAAUUCAGAUCUGAUUUUUAGUCCCGAUCACGACAAAUGUUUUUCACAGAUCGGGAUAUGAUGAAUCGAAGUUACACUGUCACGUAAUUUUAUAGGGCUCGCGGGAUAUUCACGAAGUCAAACACCUUUAUCCCGUAUGAGCACUUUGUAGCACUGAGCUACGGGACAGUCAGGUUUUCAAACCCACUGUCCCGUACCAGCGCUUGGUAAAAAAAUUUGCUGUGGGAUAAAGUGAUUUCAAAACUUGACUAAUGCUGAUCAAAGUAUAUGCUAUCAAGCCAUCACAUACAUGUAUCUCUAUGUAAUUACCAUACUAUAUUAACCCUUGCAAAAAAUUCCAUUUUUCAUCUUUGUACUGAAUUAUAUCAACAUCAGUCUUUUAUCUUUGAAAUGUUGCUAAAGUUUAUUGGGAGGGGUGGCAUGUACACACUUGAUUCAAAAUGCUAUUGUUUG